AUGGGACUUUUGAAAAUAAUCAAAAAAACUAAAGAGAGAGAAAAAGAGAUGAGACUAUUAAUUUUGGGAUUAGAUAAUGCAGGAAAGACUACAAUUCUAAAAAAAUUUAAUGGGGAAGAUAUUUCUUAAAUUUCUCCUACUUUGGGUUUCAAUAUCAAAACUCUUAGUUAUAAUGGAUAUAAACUCAAUUGUUGGGGUAUUAAAUUUAAUUAAAAAUAAUGAUAGAUGUUGGUGGUUAAUAGACAAUAAGAUCAUAUUGGAAGAAUUAUUUUGAACAGACAGAUGGAUUAAUAUGGGUUGUAGAUUCUACUGAUAAAGCUCGUUUAGAUGAUUGCAAAAAGGAAUUAUAAAAUUUGUUGAAAUAAGAGAAAUUGAUAGGAGCUACUUUAUUGAUAUUUUGUAAUAAAUAAGAUGUUCCAAAAUCAUUGAGUUUGCAAUAAAUAAGAGAAUAUUUAGAAUUAGAUCUAAUUCAAACUAGACAUUGGGGUAUUAUAGCAUGUUCAGCAGUAACUGGAGAUGGAUUAUUAGAAGGCAUUGAUUGGAUAGUUACAGACAUUUCAAGCAGAAUUUUUAUGAUGAGUUGA